GACCUCAUCGAUUCCGCCCCACCCACCCCUCGGGGAUCGCGGGGGGAGAGCGGGGGCCGGUUUAAUCCGGGCAAUAUUGCUAGAGCCCUGGGGUGGGCCGGCCCGCUCGUUGGCAUCCAGUUAGUGGGAGUUGUGCGAGCCCGCGUCAAUUUAAGCCUGAGGGCGGGGAUUUAAUUUCGAGUGAGGCUGUAUUUCGAGGGAAGCUGCUCACGCUUCGGAUUCUCACCCGUGACCCAAAGGCCGCCGCCAGAUUGGCUUAUUUUGGGGAGCUGCGGGGCAGUUCUCAUCCUGAAGAUCAGGUGAUCAUUGACAUCAGCCAUGUCAUCGAGGCCUUUUGAAAGUCCACCUCCAUAUAGACCUGAUGAAUUCAAACCCAAUCAUUAUGCACCAAGCAAUGAUGUCUACGGUGGAGACAUGCACGUUCGACCCAUGCUCUCUCAGCCGGCGUAUUCGUUCUACCCGGAAGAUGAAAUUCUUCACUUCUACAAAUGGACCUCUCCUCCAGGAGUCAUCCGGAUUCUGUCUAUGCUCGUUAUCGUGAUGUGCAUUGCCGUCUUUGCCUGUGUUGCCUCCACACUUGCCUGGGAUCGAGGCUACGGAACUGGCUUACUGGGUGGUGGUCUAGGCUACCCUUACGGCAGCGGCUUCGGGAGCUACGGAAGUGGCUAUGCCUAUGGUUACGGCUACGGUUAUGGCUAUGGAGGCUACACAGAUCCAAGAGCAGCCAAGGGCUUCCUCCUGGCCAUGGUGGCCUUUUGUUUCAUUGCUGCGUUGGUGAUAUUUGUUACCAGCGUAAUACGUUCUGACAUAUCUAGAACAAGAAGAUACUACUUGACUGUCAUAAUACUGAGCGCUAUCCUGGGCGUCAUGAUGUUUAUUGCCACAAUUGUCUAUAUAAUGGGAGUCAACCCAACUGCCCAGGCUUCUGGGUCUAUGUACAGUUCACAGAUAUAUGCCAUCUGCAACCAGUUUUAUGCAUCUGCAACUCCUGGACUUUACAUGGAUCAGUAUUUGUAUCACUACUGUGUGGUGGAUCCCCAAGAGGCAAUUGCGAUUGUACUGGGGUUCAUGGUUAUUGUGGCUUUUGCUUUAAUAAUUUUCUUUGCUGUGAAAACUCGAAGAAAGAUGGACCAGUAUGACAAGUCGAAUAUUUUGUGGGACAAGGAACAUAUUUAUGACGAACAACCCCCCAAUGUUGAAGAGUGGGUUAAAAAUGUGUCUGCAGGCACACAAGACAUGCCUCCCCCCCCUUCUGACUAUGUGGAGAGAGUGGACAGUCCCAUGGCCUACUCUUCCAAUGGUAAAGUGAAUGACAAGCGGUCAUAUCCAGAGUCUUCCUAUAAGUCAACACCGGUGCCCGAAGUGGUGCAGGAGCUGCCGGUGACCUCAGCUGUGGCUGACCUCAGGCAGCCUCACUACAGCAGUGGCAGGAACUUCGAGACGCCUUCCAGAAAGGCCCCCACGAGAGGCAGGGCGGGCAAGGCCAAGCGGCCGGAGCAGGACCACUACGAGACAGACUACACAACUGGUGGCGAGUCGUGCGACGAGCUGGAGGAGGACUGGAUCAGGGAAUAUCCACCUAUCACUUCAGAUCAACAAAGACAACUCUACAAGAGAAAUUUUGACACUGGCCUGCAGGAAUACAAGAGCUUACAAGCAGAACUUGAUGAGGUCAAUAAAGAACUCUCUCGUCUGGAUAAAGAAUUGGAUGACUAUAGAGAAGAAAGUGAAGAGUACAUGGCUGCUGCUGAUGAGUACAAUAGACUGAAGCAAGUUAAGGGCUCUGCAGAUUACAAAAAUAAGAGGAAUUAUUGCAAACAGUUGAAGAGCAAAUUGUCAUACAUCAAGAAGAUGGUCGGAGAUUAUGAUAGACAGAAAACAUAGAAGGUCUGCCACACGGUUUGAGAGAUUAAGAAGUAUUUGACAUCUCUGCAAUGUUGUCAAGAGGCAAAAUGACUUUGGAUUUUAACCCAGGAGGCCAAAUCUUUGUGAUCAUUACAAAGUUUUGGUAGCUUUAAUUCAUCAGUAUUGAAGCAUUUUAUAAAUAGCUUUUGAUAAUCAACUGGGCUGAACACUCCAAUUAAGGGUUCUGUGCUUUAAAAUUCAUCUAUUGUAUUAAGGACUGACUGACUACAGGUUGAGGUUUUUAAACCUUGAAGGAACAUCCCACGGUGACCUGUGCUGUGAACUUGCACAGUCUUUUCUUAAAACAUAAGUGAGCUCAUUGGUUCCCAUAGGUGAUCUCGUCCAUUCCUCCCAGAACUCUGCCUUCAGAACUGUUAUUUAUAACCAGUCCUUCUCAGGUAAGGAAACUUGGUCCCUGCAGUGAAGUCUCUGAAGGGAAAGUGCCUGUUUCCUGGCUUGCAGUUUUUGUUCAGUCUGUUUUGUGACUUGAGUCCAUGAAUAAAGUCCCUGGCCUUUUGUAUGUUAGCUAACUAUGGCUAGUGCAUUCUACCAACCUCCCUAUUGAUUUUUUUUUCUGUGUAUCGUGGUGUUAAAAGAGCUUUUUAUUGUUUUAUGAAAUUAUCCAGAGAAUAAAGAUCAUGUAAAAAUAAA